UAAGAAGCGGACCCAGCUGGUUUGAAUCCGUGGUUUACGAUUUUUCUUCUCCUGACAUUAUUUUUAUUAUUUUUCUUGCUACAAUAAAAUGAUAAUUGUAGAUCAAAUAAGUGAUUAGUAGAAUAAUAAUGAUCCGCUAAUCCAUAUUCUCCUUCUCCUACUUCAUAAUCCCAUCUUCUCUCGUCCCUCAAUCUCCUUUGGUUCAUCUCCUCCACCAAUCUCCUUUUGCAGAGAUGGAGGCUGGCGCUGGUAUUGGUUUGUACCCGCUUCACCGCUGCAAAAACAUCUACCUAGUGAGACAUGCUCAAGGGAUUCACAAUGUUGAUGGGGACAAGAACUAUAAGGCUUACAUGUCUCAUGACUACUUUGAUGCUGAGUUAACCCAACUUGGCUGGCAACAGGUAGAUAAUUUGCGUAAGCAUGUUCGUUCCAGUGGACUUCACAAGAAGAUUGAGUUGGUCAUCUCGUCUCCACUCAUGAGAACAAUGCAGACUGCUGUUGGUGUUUUUGGUGGAGAUGGCUACACGGAUAUGAGCGAUGUACUACCUCUAAUGGUAGCAAAUGCAGGAAACAGCAACCGUGCAGCUAUAUCGAGUUCAAACUGCCCACCAAUCAUUACAGAGGAGUCCUGCAGAGAACAUUUGGGUGUGCAUCCAUGCGAUCAGAGAAGAAGCAUCAGCGACUAUCAGUUUCUUUUCCCUGCAGUUGACUUUUCACUGAUAGAAAGCGACGAAGACAUUUUGUGGAAGGCUGAUGUUAGAGAAACAAUCGAAGAACUUGCGGCUAGAGGCAAAAAAUUCCUCAACUGGCUAUGGACAAGGAAAGAAAAAGAGAUAGCGAUUGUGACACAUAGUGGAUUCUUGUUUCACACAUUGAAUGCUCUACAGAAUGAGUGUCAUCCAGAUGUUAAGAAGGAAAUUUGCAGCCACUUUGCGAAUUGCGAGCUACGUUCAAUGGUCAUCGUUGAUAGAAGUAUGUUGGGAUCGGACGUAUCAGUGACUGAUUAUCCAGGGAAGAUUCCAAAGUAUCUUCCAAGUGAUGCUGUUGUAGAGGAUAAUAACAUCAAAGGUUAAUGAUUCUAUUUAAGCACGUCUUCCAACUUUCUAUCUCUCUAUCCCCAUGCCAAAAACAAGCUUCUUUGUUGUAUGCAACUCUCUUCCUAUUAGUCUUUCGCAUUGAGUUAAAAAGAUCUCUAAGAUAUUUUGUGACAAACUUUGAUUUAUACAAAAGUAUUUGCUUAA